AUGCCGGGCGUUCGAGACAUCAGCGCGGAGGCCUUCAUCUCCGCAUACGCAUCCCACCUCAAGCGUUCGGGCAAGCUUGAGGUGCCCACCUGGGUUGACCUUGUCAAAACCGGCUCCUUCAAGGAGCUUGCACCAUACGACCCCGAUUGGUACUACGUCCGCGCAGCCGCCGUUGCAAGACACAUCUACCUCCGGAAAGACGUUGGCAUCGGUGCCCUCACCAAGCUCCACGGUGGCCGCAAUCGCCGCGGUAACCGCCCCUCGCACCACGCAGACGCGUCCGCCUCCGUGCAGCGCAAGAUCUGCCAGUCGCUCGAGAAGAUCGGCGUGCUCGAGCAGACGGAGAACGGCGGUCGCCGUAUCUCCCAGGACGGUCAGCGUGAUCUUGAC